GGGGCGGGGGCGGAACUACAACUCCCACCGCCGCCGGCCGGCUGAGGGAGGCUGAGGGGAGGCGGCGCCAUUUUGCGAGCGAGGCCCCGGCCCCGCCGCCCUCCGCAGCGCCGGCCGGGGGCGCGCUGCUUUGUGAGGCGGCGGAGGACGGCCCCGAGAAUUCUGACAGACCUGCGUGUCCAGUCUGCAUCCCCUUCAAAGGGCAAGGCCACCACGUAGGUUGGGCUCGCUACCUGCCUGCUCAGCCUGUACUGCCCUCCCUGAGUGUGCAGGUGGAAAUGUGUUCACAUGCAAUGCCUUUGGCCCAAGGGGUAGGCAAAGCGAGUCAAGAUGCUUCAUGCUGAAAGUAGAGUAAGGCUCUUGGAGUGUCAGGAUGAAAUCCCGAUUGAACCAUGUUCAAAAAAAAUGAAGUCAACAGAAGGGGCUUAUGAGAAACUCUCAGGGGAUGACAACCAGUGCAGUCAGGAUGAAGUGGACCCUGACAGAACAUCUAAUGAUUUGACACCAGUGAAUGUCUCAGAAAGCCAGGGGGAACAUGAACUGCAAAAGGAAGAGGAAAUACCCAUGGGUGUCUUGGGAACACCGAACAAAGUGCUUCCUGAAAAUAAUCUAGGGUUUAGUCGACCUCUUGAUUCAGAGAUGGUAGAGAAUAUAAAUCCUCCAUUAAUAAACAACGCUGAAGUUGAAGAAGAGAAAGAUCCUCUUACGUCCAGUAAUGUCGAAGAAGAUAAUAAAAAUAGCUGUAAAACAUUCUCACUAAAUAGAAGUGAAUGGGAUGAUGAGUUUAUUACAAGCAAAGAAUUUAUUGGACCGAUUUACAAGCCGGCUGAAAGUAACAAACAGGACAAAUCUGGAAGUUGUGGCGAAUCUAGAAGCGAUGUGGGAGAUCAGGGUGAACUGCAUGAAAACAGAGAUAACAGAAAGGAGGCAACGGUGAUGGAAACUGUUUCUUCUGCUGUACCAGAAAUGGAUGAUGAACUGAACCAGUUCUACAAGGAAAUUCACCAGCUGGAAAGUGAAAAUUUAAACACAUUUCAGGAGAACGAAAUUGAAACCUCUCAGGAGCAACAUUCUGCAUAUAACUGUAGUCAGACAUCACAAGAGGAACAUCAGCGUUCAUCUCUGGGCAGCCCACGACCGUUUAAUGAGAACGGGCAUUGUUUCUCUGGAGAAGAGCAAAGUCAGAAAACAAGCAGUGAGCAGCAGUUUGUCACAGAAACAAGCGGCUGGAAACCUGAAAAUGCCUUUAAUGGACAAAUAGAUUCUGAGUAUUGGAACAACUCCGUGCCUGAAUUCAGACCUGCCUGGCAGUCAACUGAGUCUUUCAUAGUACCUCAGGGGCUUCCUCCUCCUAGACUGAGCCAUCAGUCGCCUUUUCAGAUACUGAAUUCCCCACUACAAAAAACAAAUGCUUUCCCUUCUCAGCGGGAUGACUUUUCUUAUGAAAAUUACUGUGGUUACCGUGGAAAUAAUGAUACCAACUGUCAUAGUCCAUUGCCUGAUCCAAGUGCCAGCUAUAUUGGUCAUACUGAUAUCUGUAGUGCUCAGGUCUUCAGGAAUGGAAAUAAUGAGCAGAAUGGUUUCUGUGAAACCAGAGAAGAGUGUUGGAAAGAUCCAAAAAUGUACAGUACUGAAGGAAUGCACAGAUUUCCUUCCUUGCAGUUCCCUGAGGAACGAUUUGGUUGUGCACAGAAAGUGCUCCUGAUCUUAAGAGGCCUGCCUGGUUCAGGGAAAUCAACACUUUCUCGUAUUCUGCUUGGUGAAAGCUGUGAUGGCAUUGUACUCAGCACCGAUGAUUAUUUUCGUCAACAAGAUGGAUACCUGUAUAAUGUCGUUCAGCUUGGUGAUGCCCAUGACUGGAACCAGAAGAGAGCACAGCAAGCAAUGGAGCAGGGAAGAUCUCCAGUUAUAAUAGACAACACUAAUACUCAAGCCUGGGAGAUGAAACCAUAUGUGGAAGUGGCUCUUGAAAAGGGAUACAGAGUGGAGUUCCAUGAGCCUGAUACUUGGUGGAAGUUUGAUCCUGAAGAAUUAGAAAAGAGGAAUAAACAUGGGGUCACUCGUGAGAAGAUUGCUCAGAUGUUGGAACGAUACGAAUAUCAAAUAUCCAUACCUAUUGUCAUGAAUUCAGUUGCACCUCCUCACAAACACACACAAAGGCCACCUCUGCAGCGAAGACAUAGGGGAAUAAUUUUAAAGAAGAACCACGGGCACCCAUUGACAAAAGCAAAGCAAGGGAAAAAGCGAAGAAGAAGCAAAAAAAUGAAAGGCAAUCGUACAGAAAUCGUGAAGAAAAAGUUAGGUGGAGCAUCUCAUCUCAUUGCAGACGGCCAGGAAACAUCAGAAAGUGAGGAGGAUGAUUCAGAAGAAGAAAACAGAAAGUCUUUGUCCACAUUCGGUGAAGGUCCUGAGGAUCCAGUAACAGGUUGUGAAGAACAGACGAAGGAUGACCAUGAAAGCCUUAAAGAAUUUGCAAGGUUCUCAAAAGAAGGGUUUCCCAUCACUGUGCCUGAGAUCUCAGCUGUGUCCAGCAGUGCACUGGAAAAUGAGUUGCCUGUAGAAAGUGACAGUUCACUUCUAAUAGAUGUAAAACCUUUUUGUACUGUAAGCCUAACCAAAAAUGCUUUUGAUGUUGAGGGAACAAAUCAAAGGCGCGAUGAAAAUCUUUGCAAGAACAGUUCCCUAAAAAUAAACAAUGAUAAAAAUUCCAUCCAAAAAACAAAGUGCAACUGUGAAGAUAACAGCCUGCUGUCGAGCACAGAAAAAGAACUUAAAAUUACAUGUGAACCUGACAUGGAAGCUAAACUGUUAUGUUUAAAUGGUGAAAAAAGAGAAAUAUCUAUGUGUUCCAAUUCAAAACUAAAUGAUGAUGUGCCUGAUAGUAACACAGACAAUAAAAGUGCAUUAAAACCAGAAGAGAAUUUCUCUAAUGGCCAGACUUUUUUUCCAAUUAAUUUAUCUACCGAGAAAUUGCAGCUGGGCUCUGAUAGACAAUUUUCUCUCUCUUCUUGGUCUGAGGAUGAGUUUGUAGGUGAACAAAGACAAAAAAACGUGAGGAAACCUAAACAGAUUUAUACUUGUGGUUCAACAGAGCUAAACUGCCAUCAGUCAAAUGAAGGACUGGUAAAGGAAAACCACCAGGUACCAUUAACUGAGGAAGCUGGUAAUGUAAUAAGCAAUGGCCUGUUGGGAUCUCCUGCUAGUGAAAUGCACAUGGGUUCACUUGGGGAAUCCAGAAACACCUCCCCACGUGGUUCAGGUGAAGUAAACGUUCCAAAAAAUGACGCUGCACUGGUUGCAUCGAGGAGGAAAAGACGCAGGAGAAUUGUCAACUUGGCACCAAAGUUUAAUGUACCAAGAGAGAUUGCUGGUAGCACAGCAGGAGGGAAGGAAGUCCCGUUAAAAGAUGAUGGUCCCUCAAAAAGUGUUGUAGAAGUGGAGAAAAAGAGCUUUCUAAACCAAGACUUUGGAGAGGAACGUGAACAAAACCUGGAAUUUCUGGAAUAUUCUGCACCUUACAGUAUCCCGGAGGCUCCCUGUUCCAUGCCCACCCCUGAUGUGGAUUCUGUGUUACAAGAUAUUUCAUGUAUCCAUUUGGGACAAUCUUCUCCUAUGCCAAAAUAUUCUUGUAGUGUUUGUGUCAUUUCCAGGACAGAGGAGGAGCGAGCUAGUACUCCUAGGCAGCAGCAGGUGGUUGAUGAAAAAACAAGCGAGAAUGAACACGACUCUUCGGAGGUUACGAAUAAACAACCAGAUAUUUUGUCUUCUCUUAAAGUCCCUUCUGAAUAUCCAGAAGAUCCUUGUGUAUUGGAAAGCUGUGUUGAAAAUGCACAUAGAACAGAUGAUUCAGAGCCAUCAGAGGCCUUUCCACCUGAAGAUACUCAAGAUGUGACUAUGAAAACCAGCUUUCUGGGACUUCCCUUAUCAAUAGGAUUUGCGUUUCAACUUGUGCAGCUCUUUGGUUCUCCAGGUCUUCCACUGGAAUCCUUGUUGCCAGAUGAUUAUGUAGUUCCUCUUGACUGGAAAGUUUCAAAGAUGAUCUAUUUACUGUGGAAGACCUCUGUGGAGGAGAAACAGAAAACCAGUGGAUUGCAAAAUGGAAAUGCUUUGGCUGAUGAUAUUAUUAGCCUUGAAGAUCUAAAUAAAAAUUGCCAAGAGAAUGAAGAUGCUCCUGAAACGCUUCCAGAAACAGAAUUACUUCAAGGGCUCGUAGAAGAGAACAUCACAAGCUAUGCUGGCAGUGGCUGUCUGGAUACUGUGCUUCCUCAGUCGUGACUGACCAUCUUUAAAAAAAAAAAACCUGCAUGAAGGAAAAGAAACUUCUCACUUUGAUUCCACCAUGGAAGGACUUCAGCUUACAACCAAGGAUUUUAAAUAUAAGGAGUAACCUGGAAGAAAGUUACCUGUGUGACUUAUUUUUGGUGUGAAUCUGUGGCCGUCUGUUUUUUUUUUCCUCCACCAAUAUCAAGUUCUCUGUCCACAUAACAAAAAUCAAAAUUGGGAUAAUUUUUUGUUAUAUAGCAAAAGGUCACUCUCUGACACCAGUUGGAAUGCAUCCCUUCUCUUCACGUUUGAGCAUGAUACGAGGAGACUGAAAGCAGCACAAAAGAGGUGUCUGUCCACCUGAGGUGUGAACGUCAGGCUCUGGUGUUUAAUCUGGGUCUGAGGGCUCCAGAUUUUGCUACAGGAACUGGGACGUGAACUGGUAAUGAUGCCUGCCUGCAGGGAAAGAUGUCUGUUUUUCUGUUUUUAAUUAAGCGUCUUAUCCUACUUCUGCCUGCUCUUACCUUUCAUCUUGUUCCUGAUAAUUACCUCCCAAUCUCGUUAUAAUGUCAAGUGGAAGAAACCUUCAUCAACCUCUUCUUCCCAUUCUUUAUUCCGUAGGUGCACAAUUUACACUGUUUUCUCCUGAAAUGAUGCUUCAUGUUUCCCUCCAACUAGGUUCAUUUGGGACUAUAGAUAUAAGAAGAAAGUUGUGCUAUAGAUCUGAUUCAAACACACUUGAGGAAAACUGUGUAUGGUUUGCAUUAGAUGGAUAAGACCUAUAACUAACACCAGUAAUUGGUGACUUGAUGUUUAUUAGAGGUAUUCCUUUUACCAUUGUUUUUACUUAAAAAUCUUAUGUGACGAGAAAUGUAAACUAAAAGCAGUUCUUUCCUUAUUUUUUUUUUUUUAUAUUGGGUUUUUUCCUUCAAAAUUAAGGACUUUUCAACCAGAAAGUAAUCUCACUGGUAACAGUUCUGGGAUAAUUUCCUCAGUAACAGUAUCACUAGUGGAGUGUGGGUUUCCUGAGGGAGAUGAGCAGCAGAAUUUGAUGGGCAUUUAAGAAUAAAAUCUAAAAUUUUGCUCAUGCAAAUUUCUGUAAAAGGCCCACAGAGGUAGAAGAAAUAAUUACAUAUGUGAAGUGUGCUAAAUUACCUAAGUGACAAAUCUCAACCCAUGUUUUUAAGACACUUUUUUUGUUUUGUUUUGUGUUUUCCCAAGGUGUAGUUAGAUUCAUCUGUGUUCUUUCUGUGGAGGUUGUAAACAGGGCCAGGCUUCUCUGCCAGCUCUCUCUCUCUUUUCUGGAGAAGCACAAAAUCGACCUGAUGUAUGGCUGUGGUCCCUAAAAUGUUGCCAAAUGUUCAGUGCAUAUAUCUUGGAAGUGCUGUGAUGCCUGGAAGCGGAGCACUGCAGGUUGGCCUUGAUCAUGAUGCUGAAGUGUCUGGCACUUUCACCUGCAGAAUGAAAGAAGCAACCACAAACUGGAAGAGGAAACCAUAAAGCGAGGUGUGGUGUGAAGGACAAGAAAGAAAAGAGGCUGGUGGGGGCAGGGCAAGAUCACAGGGGAUGUCUAUUUAUGAGAAAAAGCAAGUCUACUUGCUGAAAUAGCAAGUAGUGAAGGUGAGACAGGCAAUAAAGAAGGGAGGGAGGUGAAAAGAGAAAUCAGAAGAAGAUAUAGUAUGGAGGAAAAUGUCACUGGGGGACAAAUAUUGAUAUAGCUUACAAAAAAGAAAAAAUAAUUAAAGAGAAAAUUAAUUUAAUCAGAGCAAUUAGGAGAUAAACUUUCAAUUUAUAGACUUGUAAACUUAUAAAAUCUAUAAACUAACUUUGUCAAUUUUGAGAUAAACUUUUAUUGAUAAGGCUGGAAAAUUCUUUGUAGUGAGGAGGAUGACAAAAAAGGACAAAUACCACCUUACUUAUGGUGAAAAGGGUGGGAAAAAAUGAGAAGAGAAACAGGCAAGUUUAGGUUGUGUGUACUUGUCAGAAAUACUUCCCACUUCUGUGGCUUCUAGAUCUAGAAUGUUUAGCCAUUUCUUCAUUUGUUUCCUCUUUCUCAUCUUUUGCCUACACCCUUUUCAUUGUGUAUCAGCUGAAAAGGCAGAGCCUGACUGAAGCUGCACUGAGAUCUAAAUUACCAGUGCCCCCAUUCUCUACUUAAAUAUUCCACAUAAGCAGUUAAGUUUAGAAAUACAUAAAUCUUUAUGUUGCACCACUGGCAAAACUCAGAGACUGUACUUUUUUGAUGCAUUUUUCAUGCUUGUGUGUGUGAUUUUCUCCUUUCCUUGGUUGGAAACAUACUGCUCUUCUACAAGGAGCAUAUUACAGAAAAUGUAAUGGGGAGGGAGGUAAUUCAUGCUGGUCAAAACCUCAGCUUCAGGCUUAACCUGAUGUACCGUGGCAGCAGAAAAGUCAAUUCGGUUUCAAGAAAAUGUCACUGAAGUGUUCCUAUUUUCUUCCUACCUUUAUUUAUUGAGAAAGAAUUCUGAAUGCGUAUAUUUUCUGUUACUGAAUACUGCCCUUCCAGAAUGCUUGAAAUAAAAAGUUUUCAAAAAUCCCACA